UCACCAGCUGUUCUGGCUCCCAAUACUGCUGGUGCUGUUUACUUCAGCUUUCCUACGUCUCUGCUAAGCAGCUGGAAGGUUUGCAUUUUUGUGUUACCCACAGGAGCGCAGACGGCAGCAAAACACCACCACCAGCAGCAGCAGGAGGACGCAAACAUGUCUGGGAUUGCAGCUAAAUUAGCUAAGGAGAGGGAAACGGCCAGGGGCUUAGGCUCCAACGCAAAGGCGUUUAAGUACCUCAAUCAGGACUUUGAGACGUUGAGGAACGAGUGCCUUCAGGCUGGGAAACUCUUCCAGGAUCCAUCCUUCCCUGCGAUUGCCUCUUCUCUGGGGUACAAAGAACUGGGACCAAACUCAUACAAAACUCAGGGCAUCACGUGGAAGAGACCGACGGAACUGUGUUCUAAUCCCCAGUUUAUUGUUGGAGGUGCCACCCGCACAGAUAUCUGCCAAGGAGCCUUGGGUGACUGCUGGCUGCUGGCAGCCAUUGCGUCUCUCACCCUGAAUGAAGAGAUUCUGGCCAGAGUUGUUCCCAAAGAUCAGAGCUUCCAGGACAAAUAUGCAGGAAUCUUCCACUUUCAGUUCUGGCAGUAUGGGGAGUGGGUGGAUGUUGUUGUUGACGACAAGCUCCCCACCAAAAAUGGAGAGCUGCUCUUCGUUCACUCAGCAGAAGGGAGUGAGUUUUGGAGCGCUCUGCUGGAGAAGGCCUAUGCCAAGAUAAAUGGGUCAUACGAGGCUCUCUCUGGAGGAUCCACCACUGAAGGCUUUGAGGAUUUCACUGGCGGAAUUGCAGAGUGGUAUGAGCUGCAAAAGGCACCACCCAACCUGUUCAAAAUCAUCCAGAAAGCUCUUCUAAAAGGCUCCCUCCUCGGAUGCUCUAUUGAUAUCACAAGCGCAGCUGAGACCGAGGCAGUCACUUCUCAGAAGCUGGUCAAAGGCCACGCAUACUCCGUUACAGGAGCCGAAGAGGUGAAUUGCCGAGGAAGCAUGCAAAAGCUGAUCAGAAUCCGAAAUCCCUGGGGGGAAGUGGAGUGGACUGGAAAAUGGAAUGAUAACUGCUCAAACUGGAACAGCGUCGCUCCUGAAGUGAGAGAGCGACUGACCAGGAAACAUGAAGAUGGAGAAUUUUGGAUGUCAUUCAGUGAUUUCCUGAGACAUUACUCCCGCCUUGAGAUCUGCAACCUGACUCCAGACACGCUGGCAAAUGAAAAAUACAAGAAGUGGAGCCUGACCAAGCUAGAUGGGAACUGGAGGCGUGGCUCCACUGCUGGGGGUUGCAGGAAUUACCCAAAUACUUUCUGGAUGAAUCCGCAGUAUUUGAUUAAGCUGGAGGAAGAAGAUGAGGAUCCCGAUGAUCCUGAGAAGGGCUGCACCUUCUUGGUUGGCCUGAUUCAGAAGCACCGCAGGAGGCAGCGGAAGAUGGGGGAGGAUAUGCACACCAUUGGCUUUGGGAUCUAUGAGCUGCCCUCGCAGUUUUCUGGCCAGACAAAUGUUCAUCUGAGCAAAAACUUCUUCCUGGUGAACAGAGCCAGAGAAAAAUCGAAUACCUUCAUCAACCUCCGAGAGGUACUAAACCGAUUCAAACUGCCUCCAGGAGAAUAUGUCAUUGUGCCAUCCACUUUUGAACCCAACAAGGAUGGGGAUUUCUGCCUCCGAGUCUUCUCUGAAAAGAAUGCAGAUUCACAGAUUGUAGAUGAUGAAAUUGAGGCCAAUAUCGAAGAGAAUGACAUCAGUGAAGAUAACAUUGAACCCGGUUUCAGAAAACUUUUUGCGCAGUUGGCUGGAGCGGAUGCAGAGAUCUCUGCUUUUGAAUUAUGUAAUAUCCUGAGAAAAAUCAUGGCUAAACGCCAAGAUAUUAAAUCAGAUGGCUUCAGUAUUGAGACGUGUAAAAUAAUGGUUGAUCUGUUAGAUUCGGAUGGAAGUGGUAAACUGGGCCUGAAAGAGUUCUACAUACUCUGGACAAAGAUACAGAAAUAUCAAAAAAUCUAUAGGGAAAUAGAUGUCGAUCGCUCUGGUACCAUGAACUCCUAUGAGAUGCGGAGAGCAUUAGAAGAAGCAGGGUUCAAGCUGACUUGCCAGCUGCACCAAGUCAUUGUGGCUCGUUUUGCAGAUGAGCAGCUCAUCAUUGACUUUGAUAAUUUUGUCAGGUGCUUGAUUCGGCUGGAAACUUUGUUCAAAAUAUUUAAGAAACUGGAUGUUGAGAAAAGUGGAACAGUGGAGAUGAACCUUAACACUUGGUUGUGUUUUACUAGUAUUUGAUGCAAUAGCAGACCUCAGCUGAAGACAUCUCAUGGAAUCAAGAUAAUGCAAAAAUGUUCAUACAACUUGCAAUAACACCCUAACCCUACUGUAUCCCAACAUCAACCUGCUCCUUAUGUUUAUAGAUGCAGAUGUUUAUACUAGUGUAGGAGAGAAUGGGCAGAAUAUUUUGAAGUACCUGAAAGACCAAAACUCCAGCAAUAUAAAAGCUUGCAGUCUCAUUAUCUAUAUAGACUGCAUAUAUAACUACUUUUAUAAGUCCAGUGUGAAAGCUCUAAUUUUGUAUAUAAUUCUUCAGUUUUAUUAUUGACAUCUUUGCUUAAUUGAUCUGUUUUAAUCAAAAAGAUAUUUAAAGUGCAGUUAAAUGUGACUUCUGAGGAAGAGCAAUUUUCACUGUAAAUUGGAAGGAAGUUUAAAGUGAAGUCUGUUGGCAUUUUUAAGCUGCUUGGGAGUAGUAGCCAUCUUAUUCAAAAAAGACAGAGAAGUGGGAAGUCUGAAUAGAGAAGGCAGAAGGGGUCCACUGCUGCCCUUCAGUUUUCUACCUAUUAGAAGUACUCUUCCUUUUGAAAUUAGAGCAAUAGUUCCUUUUAAAUAGGCAACACACUGAGUAAGCUUCCUAUUGCAAUCUUGCUACCUCUUAAAUGCAUUGGUAAUUCUGUUUCAUACAUGCAAACCAUAGCAUUCUUUGGGUUAUCUGUAUACUGAAGGACUGGAUUAUGUACACCUCUAUCUCUAUACAACGCUGUCCUUGGGAGCCAAAAAAAAAAUCUUACUGCAUUAC